GAGGGGCAGAGGAAGGCAUGUUAAACUUUCAGUUCAAGUCCUCCGGCUCCUAAAAGCGAGGGGAGGGGCUUGCUGCCGCCGCCGCCGCCACCGCAGCUGGAACAUCUGGAAGUGUUCAGGGUGUCUGUCUGUCCGUCUAAACGAGGAAGGAGGGGAGGGGGAGAGAAGCGGGAGCGAGUCUUCUGCUGAGGGAGGGGAGGGAGUGAGGGGCUGGGACUAGCGCUCUCUCUGCAGAAACAGCUCCCUGCCAACAGAGCGCGCGGAAUUGGCUUCGAAGAGGAGAAGCAGCCGCCUUGGAACAGCUCUUCGAGGUCGCCUUUUUCUCUCAGCCCCGCUUGCUUCCCUCUCCUAGUUGGUGGAUCUAAACAAGAAAGACACUUGAACCCUCCUGGGAAAUUCUCUCUCCCCACCCCCCACCCCCGCUCCAGCACCCUUCUUGGAUGCUUAUGAGUGUCCCCACUCCCCUCCCCUAGGCUGUCGUCUCCAACCUUCCUUUCCCUUGCUGAUCUCUUCCCCCCCCCCCGUCUCCUCUUUUUAAAACAAACAAACAAUAAAGAUCUAAAGGAGCCGCUUCUCCUUCUGCCGCUUCUCGACGGUGUGAGCAGCGGCCAGAGGUGCUGGGCUCAAUUCUUUGGCAGGGUCCCGGAUGUUCUCUGAGGAUGCUUUGCAAUUGCACUAAAGGAGGCAGUAGUGGAAAGGAUCAGUUUUUGGGCUUUGAUGCAAUCAUGGGAAUCAGGUAAUAAGCGAACGGGGGAAUUUUAAUCGUCGCAGAAGCUCCGGUUUCUUCCUUGAACUGUUCACCCCAUCUGCUGUUGCUUUUUCUUUUCUUUUGGAAUUGGAGGAAUUAAAACCCUGGACUCCUGCUUGGGUUGUUUUUUUUGGGGGUGCUCCUCGUUCCUCUACUUAAAUGGUCAAUGAAAACAAGAGGAUGUACAUCCCAGAAGAAAACCACCAAGGUUCCAACUAUGCGAGUCCCCGUCCAGCUCAUGCCAACAUGAAUGCCAAUGCAGCUGCAGGGCUUGCACCUGAGCAUAUCGCUACUCCAGGUGCAGCCCUUUCCUGGCAGGCUGCUAUCGAUGCUGCCAGGCAGGCCAAAUUGAUGGGUGCAGCCGGCAAUGCAACAAUAUCCACUGUCAGCUCCACACAGAGGAAACGGCAGCAGUAUGGGAAACAGAAAAAACAGGGUAACACCACAGCUACACGUCCUCCCCGGGCAUUGCUGUGUCUAACACUGAAAAAUCCCAUCCGGAGGGCAUGCAUCAGUAUUGUUGAAUGGAAACCAUUUGAAAUUAUUAUUUUACUGACUAUUUUUGCCAAUUGUGUGGCCUUAGCUAUCUAUAUCCCCUUUCCAGAAGAUGAUUCCAAUGCUACUAAUUCCAAUCUGGAACGAGUGGAAUAUCUCUUUCUCAUUAUUUUUACAGUGGAAGCAUUUUUAAAAGUAAUAGCAUAUGGACUUCUCUUUCACCCUAACGCUUACCUCCGCAAUGGCUGGAAUUUACUAGAUUUUAUAAUUGUGGUAGUAGGGCUUUUUAGUGCAAUUUUAGAACAAGCAACCAAAGCAGAUGGGGUAAAUUCAAUAGGAGGCAAAGGUGCCGGAUUUGACGUCAAAGCACUUCGGGCUUUCCGAGUAUUGCGUCCCUUACGGCUGGUAUCUGGAGUUCCUAGCCUCCAGGUGGUUUUAAAUUCCAUUAUCAAGGCCAUGGUCCCUUUGCUGCACAUUGCCCUGCUGGUGCUGUUUGUUAUAAUUAUCUAUGCUAUCAUUGGAUUGGAGCUCUUCAUGGGGAAGAUGCACAAGACUUGUUAUGUAAGCUUAUCAGAAACACCAGCUGAAGAGGAACCCUCUCCUUGUGCACCUGUAUUAGCGCAUGGGCGGCAAUGUCAGAAUGGUACUGAAUGCAGAGCAGGAUGGGAAGGACCUAAGCAUGGCAUUACCAACUUCGACAAUUUUGCCUUUGCCAUGUUAACUGUGUUUCAGUGCAUCACCAUGGAGGGCUGGACAGAUGUGCUAUAUUGGGUCAAUGAUGCCAUAGGAAGGGACUGGCCCUGGAUCUAUUUUGUUACACUAAUCAUCAUAGGGUCAUUUUUUGUACUUAACUUGGUUCUUGGUGUACUUAGCGGGGAGUUUUCUAAAGAGAGAGAGAAAGCAAAAGCUCGAGGUGACUUUCAGAAGUUGCGAGAGAAACAACAGCUGGAGGAGGACUUGAAGGGAUAUCUGGACUGGAUAACUCAAGCAGAAGAUAUUGACCCAGAAAAUGAAGAUGAGGGCAUGGAUGAAGAGAAGCCCCGAAACAAAAACGCUCCAGCUGGCUUGCCUGAUAAGAAGAAAGGAAAGUUUGCUUGGUUUAGUCACUCCACAGAAACUCAUGUGAGCAUGCCCACCAGUGAGACAGAAUCUGUGAACACUGACAAUGUGGCUGGAGGAGAUAUUGAAGGAGAAAACUGUGGAGCACGGCUGGCGCACCGGAUAUCUAAAUCUAAGUUUAGUCGCUACUGGCGUAGAUGGAAUCGGUUCUGCAGGCGGAAAUGUCGAGCUGCUGUCAAAUCCAAUGUGUUCUACUGGCUCGUGAUCUUCCUUGUGUUUCUUAACACCCUCACAAUUGCCUCUGAACAUUAUAACCAGUCAGAUUGGCUCACUGAAGUCCAAGACACUGCCAAUAAGGUACUGCUGGCUCUUUUCACGGCUGAAAUGCUCCUGAAGAUGUACAGCCUGGGUCUUCAAGCCUACUUUGUUUCUCUCUUCAACCGCUUUGACUGUUUCAUUGUGUGUGGUGGAAUCCUAGAGACCAUCUUGGUGGAAACAAAGAUCAUGUCACCACUGGGUAUCUCAGUUCUGAGAUGUGUGCGACUGCUAAGAAUUUUUAAAAUCACAAGGUAUUGGAACUCUUUGAGUAAUUUGGUGGCUUCCCUGCUCAACUCUGUGCGCUCCAUCGCCUCCCUGCUGCUACUUCUCUUCCUCUUCAUCAUCAUCUUCUCCCUCCUAGGGAUGCAGCUCUUUGGGGGCAAGUUUAACUUUGAUGAGAUGCAAACCAGGAGAAGCACAUUUGACAACUUUCCCCAGUCGCUGCUCACUGUGUUUCAGAUCCUGACUGGGGAGGACUGGAAUUCGGUGAUGUAUGAUGGGAUCAUGGCUUAUGGCGGCCCCUCUUUUCCAGGAAUGUUGGUCUGUAUUUACUUCAUAAUCCUCUUCAUCUGUGGAAACUACAUCUUGCUAAAUGUCUUUUUGGCCAUUGCUGUGGACAACCUUGCUGAUGCUGAGAGCCUGACAUCUGCUCAAAAAGAGGAAGAAGAGGAAAAAGAAAGGAAAAAACUAGCUAGGACUGCUAGUCCUGAAAAGAAACAGGAGCCUGAGAAGCCAGCUGUGGAGGGGGAGACAAAGGAGGAGAAAAUUGAACUGAAAUCGAUCACUGCCGAUGGAGAAUCUCCACCUUCUAAUAAGAGCAAUGUAGAUGAAUAUCAGCCUAAUGAAAAUGAAGAAAAGAAUCCUUAUCCUACUACAGAGACAACAGGAGAAGAGGAGGAGGAAGAGCCUGAGAUGCCUGUUGGGCCUCGUCCACGCCCAAUGUCCGAACUGCACCUCAAGGAGAAAGCUGUGCCAAUGCCAGAAGCCAGUGCUUUUUUCCUCUUCAGCCCCAGCAACAGGUUUCGGGUCCACUGCCACCGCAUUGUUAAUGAUAACGUUUUCACCAACUUGAUCCUCUUUUUCAUCUUACUCAGCAGCAUCUCUCUAGCAGCUGAGGACCCUGUCCGACAUACCUCCGUUCGGAAUCAAAUUCUCUUUUAUUUUGAUAUAUUUUUUACUGUCAUUUUCACCAUUGAAAUUGCUCUGAAGAUGACUGCUUAUGGAGCUUUCCUUCACAAAGGCUCCUUCUGCAGGAACUACUUCAACAUCCUGGACCUGCUGGUGGUUAGCGUUUCUCUCAUCUCCUUUGGGAUCCAAUCUAGUGCCAUCAAUGUAGUGAAGAUACUACGAGUCUUGCGAGUGCUCAGACCACUGAGGGCUAUCAACAGAGCCAAAGGAUUAAAGCAUGUGGUUCAGUGCGUGUUUGUAGCCAUACGUACUAUAGGGAACAUUGUGAUUGUCACCACGCUGUUGCAGUUCAUGUUUGCCUGCAUUGGAGUCCAGUUGUUCAAGGGCAAACUAUAUAGUUGCACUGAUAGCUCCAAGCAAACAGAAGCAGAGUGCAGGGGCAAUUUUAUCACCUACAAGGAUGGAGAAGUAUCUCAACCAAUUAUCCUGGCUCGAAGUUGGGAGAACAGCAAAUUUGAUUUUGACAAUGUCCUCACUGCCAUGAUGGCCCUAUUCACUGUUUCAACAUUUGAAGGCUGGCCAGAACUGCUGUACCGAUCCAUUGAUUCCCAUAUGGAAGAUGUGGGGCCCAUUUAUAACCACAGGGUGGAGAUCUCUAUUUUCUUCAUUAUCUACAUCAUCAUCAUCGCUUUCUUCAUGAUGAACAUCUUCGUUGGUUUCGUCAUCGUCACUUUUCAGGAGCAAGGAGAGCAGGAGUACAAGAACUGUGAGCUGGACAAGAACCAGCGCCAGUGUGUUGAAUAUGCCCUCAAGGCCCGCCCCCUUCGGAGAUAUAUCCCCAAAAACCAGUACCAGUACAAAGUGUGGUAUGUGGUGAAUUCCACCUAUUUUGAAUAUUUGAUGUUCAUCCUCAUCCUGCUGAACACCAUCUGCCUGGCCAUGCAGCACCACGGUCAGAGUUGCAUCUUCAAAGAAGCAAUGAACAUCCUCAACAUGCUCUUCACUGGUCUCUUCACCGUUGAGAUGGUUCUGAAAUUAAUUGCCUUCAAACCCAAGGGUUACUUUAGUGAUCCUUGGAAUGUUUUUGACUUCCUCAUCGUAAUUGGCAGCAUAAUAGACGUCAUUCUCAGUGAAACUAAUCCAGCUGAACAUACCCAAUGCUCUUCCUCUAUGAACGCAGAGGAAAACUCUCGCAUCUCAAUCACCUUUUUCCGACUCUUCCGCGUGAUGCGUCUGGUGAAGCUCUUGAGCCGAGGCGAGGGCAUCCGCACACUGCUAUGGACCUUCAUCAAGUCCUUCCAGGCUCUUCCUUAUGUGGCUCUUUUAAUAGUGAUGCUGUUUUUUAUCUAUGCUGUGAUCGGGAUGCAGGUGUUUGGUAAAAUUGCCCUGAAUGAUACCACAGACAUAAACCGGAACAACAACUUUCAGACCUUCCCCCAGGCAGUACUACUGCUUUUCAGAUGUGCUACUGGCGAAGCUUGGCAGGAAAUCAUGCUGGCAUGCCUCCCAGAUAAGAAGUGUGACCCUGAAUCCUUGGAAACAAACAACUCUACUGAAGGUGAACAUUCCUGUGGGAGCAGCUUUGCUAUCUUUUAUUUCAUCAGUUUCUACAUGCUGUGUGCCUUCCUAAUCAUUAACCUUUUUGUAGCUGUUAUCAUGGAUAAUUUUGAUUACUUAACACGAGAUUGGUCUAUUCUGGGUCCUCAUCAUCUGGAUGAGUUUAAACGGAUCUGGGCUGAAUAUGAUCCUGAAGCCAAGGGACGUAUCAAACACCUAGAUGUAGUGACACUGCUCCGUCGGAUACAGCCUCCACUGGGUUUUGGGAAACUCUGUCCUCACCGGGUAGCUUGCAAGCGCCUUGUGUCCAUGAAUAUGCCGCUAAAUAGUGAUGGGACUGUCAUGUUUAAUGCAACUUUAUUUGCACUGGUCAGAACAGCACUGAGGAUCAAAACAGAAGGUAACUUGGAGCAAGCAAAUGAAGAGCUGCGUGCAAUAAUUAAAAAGAUUUGGAAGCGUACCAGCAUGAAGCUGUUGGAUCAGGUUGUGCCCCCAGCAGGUGAUGAUGAGGUAACAGUUGGAAAGUUUUAUGCUACAUUCCUGAUUCAAGAGUAUUUCCGAAAAUUCAAGAAACGCAAAGAACAGGGCCUUGUUGGCAAACCUUCACAGAGGAAUGCUCUUUCCCUCCAGGCUGGUUUGCGCACAUUACAUGACAUUGGACCAGAAAUUCGACGGGCAAUCUCUGGAGACUUAACAGCUGAAGAAGAAUUAGACAAGGCCAUGAAAGAAGCUGUUUCUGCUGCCUCUGAAGAUGAUAUUUUCAGAAGAGCAGGUGGCUUGUUUGGAAAUCAUGUCGGCUACUACCAAAGUGAUGGCAGAAGUUCAUUCCCUCAGACAUUCACCACUCAGCGCCCCUUGCACAUCAAUAAAUCUAGCAGCAAUCAGGGAGACACUGAAUCCCCAUCCCAUGAGAAGCUUGUGGAUUCCACUUUCACUCCAAGCAGCUACUCAUCAUCUGGCUCCAAUGCUAACAUCAACAAUGCCAACAACACUGCUUUGAGUCGCUUCCCCAGCCCACCAAGCUACCCCAGCACUGUCAGUACUGUGGAAGGCCACGGCACCCCUCUAUCACCCACUGCACGGAUCCCAGAAGUUCCUUGGAAGCUUGGCUGCAGAAGAACUAGGACACAUUACUAUGAAACACUGGGGCGAUCCUGUUCCAGAGACAGUCAGGUGGCUAUUGUUUGUGAGGAGGAGACUUGUCAAGAAGAAGAGAAAUAUGAUGAGCAACUGAAUGAAGAAAUUGAGUACUGUGGUGAACCAAAGCUGGUACCAACUGAAAUGCUCUCAUGUAAAGAUGAUGAACACAGACAGUUAACUCCACCUGAAAACAGCAUUAGAUACUCUCCAAAGAGUGGGUUCCUGCAUUCCUCAUCACUAAGUCGAAGAGCAUCCUUUAAUCUGGAGUGUCUUAAGAGACAGAAAAAUCAGGCUACGGAAGUCCCACAGAAGACAGUAGUGCCCUUGCAUGUGGUACAUCAUCAGGCACUAGCAGUUGCAGGCCUGAGUCCUCUUCUUCAAAGAAGCCAUUCACCCGUAAGAUCCUCUCGGUCAUGUGCCACACCCCCUGCCACACCCUGUACACGAGAUUGGUUACAGCAGCCAAUUAAAACCUUGCGACUUGAAGGAGAGGAGUCCAAUGAGAAACUCAAUAAUAGCUUCCCAUCAAUACAUUGCAGCUCCUUGUAUUCUGAUAGCCCCAGCUCUAGCAGCACUCGAAAAGCCAGGCCAGUCUCCCUCACAGUUCCCAGUCAGACCAGAGAGUGUGGCAGACAAUUUCACGGCAGCGCUAACAGCCUUGUUGAAGCGGUCUUGAUUUCGGAAGGCCUGGUGCAGUUUGCUCAAGAUCCAAAGUUCAUUGAGGUCACAACUCAAGAGCUGGCUGAUGCUUGUGACUUGACAAUAGAAGAAAUGGAGAAUGCUGCUGACAACAUUCUCAAUGGUAACAGCAAGCCAAGCCCCAAUGGCAACCUCUUGCCUUUUGUUAACUGCAGGGACCCAGGGCAGGACUGUAUGGGAGAGAAAGAGGAAACAGCCCAGAACCCAGAUUGUAGAAAAAGUCAAGAGGAGCCUAAAGACAGCAGGAUUUAUAUCAGCAGCCUGUAGUUGCCAAGGCUGAAAGUGAUGCUGGUUUUUUAAUUUGUUUCAAUGUUCCUAAUGGGUUUGUUUCAGAAGUGCCUCACUGUUCUCGUGACCUGGAGUAACCAGAACAGCGUUCUUCAUUCAUUUCCGUCAGGAAGAAUUGCAAAGUUGGGUGGUGUAAAAGAGCUUUUCAGGAGUGAAUAUACAACCCCAGCAUGUGUCCAUGAAGGAAGAAUGACGACAAGUAAAAGGAGGAGAGUUAGAUCCCUCCUUUUCUCAGUCCCUGCACAAGGAACAACAGCUGCUUCCUGAAUGUGAUGGAAAACCUCAGCUUCCUGUGAAUGGCCCUAGCCAAAAGGACACUGCAUCAAACGGGUGUCUUUGAACUUUGCGUGUACAAAAAAGAAUCAUUUUGCACAUAUUCUGUAUGAGCCUCACCAUCUCCAUAAAGCCAAGGCCCUUUUGAUCUGCAAGUGGAAUAGAAGACUUCAGCAACAAAUCCCCACACUUUGCUGAGGAAGAGGAGUUAGAGGAGGAAGCAGAAGUGGCAAUGGUACAGGAGAUGUAGAUGGCAAUAUUGCAGAUGCUUAUUAAUGGAAAUGCAGAAACUCCUAGGCAGACUUCUCUGCCAGUCAAUCAGAGCUCAGGCAGUCUACUCUGCCAACCAAUCAAAGCUCAGACAGCUAGCUGUGCCAACUGCUCAAGGAGCAAGAAGCCAGCUCUGUCAAACCGGAGUUCAGGCAACCUGCCCAUUUCAAAGAGAUGUGGUGAUGGGCUAAUGUAGAUCUCUCCUUGUUUUUGCUGUUUGAUAUUUUAUUGAAAGCAUGUUCUAAUUUUUAUUUUUGAAUACUUUAUUUUAUGGUAUUUUAUUUUUUGAGGGAGGGGGUGAACGGAGUGUUUACAAAGUUUUGUAAUCACCUAACUUUUUGUUUUCUUUCUCACCUUUGCAAAUGUUUAAAAUUGGUUUGAUUUGAUUAUGUUAUACUAUUUAAUUUUUUUUGUUUCCCUCCAUUGAAAUUUGGGUAGAUACUAAUAAUGAUAUUAGAAGAGUUUUGCCAACCAUUAUGUACACCAGAAUUUGUAAUUUUAUUUGAAGUAAUGGAAAUCUCCUUUUUUGUUGUUGUUUUAUAAUUUAAAGAUAGUAGGCAAUGCACUUGAUAUAGUCUUGCACAUAUGAGUGAUCGAUUUGGAUUCUUUAUAGUGGUAGGUAUAUUUGCGGGUGUGUGAAUGAGUGAACAGGACUGAAUGAGAGAGUGAAUGCAUGCCUGAAAGUUUGUAAGUUCAUACAGUUCUUCACUUCCUGGUAUAACUGCAGGAGAGCUGUAUCUGGGGUCAUGUGAGUGUAAAAAUAUACCACUGUCUCUGCUUUUGAAAGGGGAAUCAGUAACUCUUUGCAUUUUCUGUUCCACAAGAUAUGCAAAAACAAUGCAAUAAUAUUAAUUUUGAAUAAAAUUUGUGAAUUGUGUUGGCAUUAAAACUGUAUAGAAAAACAAAACAAGGGAAUUAAAGAAAACAAAAAAACCACACAAGUGAGAAGGAGUUACGUUUCGAUAUAUUCUGUGUGAUGUUUUAUUGCAUUGAUGAUGUUUCUGUUGAAGAAACCGUAAUACUUGAAUUCAGGUCAGUUUCAGUAUUUUUCAACUAUUUUUUUAAAAUGAAUUGCAAUUGUGCCAAGCAAAUAUGAUGAAUUAAGUUUGUUUAAGGGGAAAAUAACAAUUCUUGUAUAUUUUGCUGCAUGUAAAGUAAAUCAUUUCGUAUUUGGAGUGUGCCAAGCUUUACCUUUGAACUUUUAAGUGCUUUUCUACAUGUGGUUGGGGGGAAAGGGUAUACAAUUUUUCCCUUUUUUAAUUUGUACAAUGAACAAAGUGUAUCUGGUGUUAAGUAACUAGUCUGCAACCCACUGACAGGUUGAUCAUUAACUGAUUUUGCAUAUCUUGUGUUCACUUUCUUUUUUCUGCACUCCCUUAAACAUGCACAGUAAUGAAUUGAGAUGGGAAGAGUACCUUGCUUUCUGGAGCUGAGAAUUUUUAUCCAGGUUUAACCCCUUUGCACAGUUAAAAUGAUUCUCCUCACUAAAGGGUGGCAAAUUUCAUUAUACAAAGAUAGUCCAGUUGAUCCUUUCCUAUAAACUGAGCUGGCAUCAGCAACUCCAGGAAGGGGAAUAAUUUAUUUUACUAUAGAGAAAAUACUAGAAGAAGAAGAAGAAUGAAUGUAACAACAUCAAAUUAAUGCUCUUCAUGAGUUACUCACGGUUUUAGUAGCAGAUUUAUAUGAAGCUGAGUGCAAAGCACCCUUCACCAAAUUUGCACAUUUAAAGGGACUGCGAUUACUUUAGAGGAAAAAGUAAUUUAAAAAAAUUAUUAGGAUGACAAAAAAUACCAAAACAUUAAGUUAAACAACAAUAAAACUUGUGUAUCUGAAGAAGUGUGCAUGCACACGAAAGCUCAUACCAAAAUAUAAACUUAGUUGGUCUUUAAGGUGCUACUGAAGGAAUUUUUUUAUUUAACAAUAAAACUUGUUAUUCAUAAGAAUAAAGAACAAAAUGAACAAGUGUAAGAUGGAGACCGACUCACUAAAUCGUAGCACUCUGAGAAGCAUUUAAAUAUCAUUAUGAAUAAGAAUCACUUGUUGGUAUUGGGGGGGGGGGCUGAAUUCAGCCACAAUGAGUAGGUGAUGAGCACUAUUAUAACUGAUUAGGACUGUGAGCAUAGUCUGCAGUUCAGCAUCAAAAAUACACCUGCUCAGUGGACUACUGUAUAUUCCUGCGUAUAAGACUACUUUUUGACCCAGGAAAAUCUUCUCAAAAGUCGGGUGUCAUCUUAGACGCCGGGUCGUAUUUCUUAUACAGCGAGUAUAUACCAAACUCUAUAUUUUAACUGGAAAAGUUGGGGGUUUGCCACGGACUGCUUUCCAGGUCAUUUGGCCAGCAUGACUGAACCACUCUGGCACAUGGAAUACCAUGACAAGUUCCAGAGUGCACAAAAACGUUGUUUACCUUCCUGCUGCAGUGGUACCUAUUUAUCUAUUCGCGCUGGUUUGCUUUCGAACUGCUAUGUUGGCAGGAGCUGGGACAAAGCAACAGGAGCUCACCCCGCCACGAAGAUUCAAACCUUAUGAUAUGCAAACUCAAUAGGCUCAGUGGUUUAGACCACAGCGCCACCCGUGUCACUACUUCAGCAAAUGAAACCCCUAUCCAUUCAUUACUUUUAAAAAUAAGUACUGUCUUAUUGGUUAUAAUUGGUAUACAAAUAUUUAUUAUUAUUAUUAUUAUUAUUAUUAUUAUUAUUAUUAUUAUUAAUAUAAUCUAACACAGAACUGAGAACUGUUAAGCUCAUGAAAAUCAGUGGUCUCAAGUACACUUCUGUGCUGAAACAUUGCCACUAGGUAUUUAUACCACAUUUUCCAAACCGAUAUAUUAUUUAUAAAACAGAUUACAUUAUUAAAUUGGUAUGAAUUUAAAACAAUAAAAUUUCAAUAUAGAAAUCAAUAUAACCAACAGCAUUUAAAAUAGAAAUUAGCUGAAGCAAGGCAAAAGGCCAUCCAAAGCAGGAAGGUCUUCAAAGCAUGUCUCUGGAGCUGGAACGUUUGCUCCUAAGACCUAUCUAGUCAAGCAUCUCCUGCUCUGAUAGUGGCCAACAAGCAGGACGUGAGCACUCUCCCCACUGGUGCUCCCCAGAAACUGGUCUUCAGAGGCAUAUCACCUCCCUUACUGGAGGUAGUACACAACUAUCCUGGUUAAUAGCCAUUGAGAGCAUUAUCCUCCAUGACUUUGUCUAACCCCCUUUAAAGCCAUCCAAGCUGGCAGUCGUUACUAUAUCUUGUGGUAGCAAAUUCCAUUUUUUAACCAUGUGCUUGUGGAGAACUACUAUACAUUUAAUACUUUGCAUUUUAUCAGAGAAGUACUAGGGUGUAGAUUGAUGGUUAUAAGUCACUAUACUUCAUCUAUUACAUAAAUGAAUGAGUCUCCCUCUCUUCUAUGAAACCAUACUCAAAGGGGCUAACAAAAAGAUCAAAUAUGAGUAUAUAUUUUCCCUCCAGUGUUAAAAUUUGUAAUAACAUACUGAAGGGGGGGGACUCUUUUUGUCUUUCUUCUCUUAAUUUUACUUUUUUCUACUUUGCUCAUAACCAUCAUGCUCCAGAUUUUAUUAAACCAUACAUUCACUUAUAGAAGGCUCCAACAAUAAGACUUGUUAAAUAGGUUGAACUAUCUAUGAAAAAUCAAUCAAAUUUUUGCAAAGAAUGAUAAUAUCCAUUCUUAGAGAAGCAUUGCACAACUGUCAGGGCCAAGCCCAACCACGAGGUGAGGUGUGGCAGUUGCCUCAGGGCAACAAGCUCCAGAAGCUGGGAGAGGCAGCAGAUCCAGCAGGUGGGCAGACAUACGGCACAUGAGUCAGGAUUUUCUGUUUUGCCUCUAAUGGCAAAAUGUCCUGAACCAGCCCUGACAACUGUGCACACACUUUAUAUAGCAUUUUCUCCAAAAUCACAUCCUCGCCAACAAUUAAUGACCAUGCUGCAAUGAUAGCAGAGUCAGAAUCUGCCUGGAAACAACUUGCUUUUUUAGUUUUGUUUGUGCUUAAGAAUCCUCAUUAACUGUUUCCAACAAUGUAUGCAUUAGAUCAAACAAUUUCAUUUCAUUUAUUAAUCCAGAACAGCCAUAGCUGCCAAGUUUUCCCUUUUCUCGUGAGGAAGCCUAUUCAGCAUAAGGGGAAAUCCCUUUAAAAAAGGGAUAACUUGGCAGCUAUGCAGAACAGCUGUCAUUCCUCAAUAUCAUAUUCAUAAUUACUAAGGCCAGUCCACACCUACAUACAGUAUUCAUCAAAAAGACCCUAGAUUCAGGUAAGUAGCCAUGUUGGUCUGAUGCAGUUGGGGGGGGAUGUCCAGUAGCACCUUAGAGACCAACUAAGUUUGUUCUGGGUAUAAGCUUUCGUGUGCAUGGUCCUCUAAGGUGCUACUGGACAAUUUUUUAAUUUUAUUUUAUUUAUAUCAAAAAGACUGCAAUCCCAUAUGCAUAGGUAUACCCAAGUCCCAUUAACCUCAAUGAGACUUAUUUCUGAGUAGAUGUGUAUAGGAUUAUGCUGCUAAUGACUAAUAUCAAUUGAUUAAUCUCAUUUGUCAACAAGCCAAAACAGAGCAAAUACAACAGAAAUACUUUUCAUAUAACUUCAGAUCACCUAAAACUCAAAGGAUCCGUUCUGACAUUAACUUCAUAUAGUGGGAGCUGCAGCAAUGUAAAUUCUUCCUGCAGCACAGGAAGGAUUGAACCCUAGGACACAUGGAUGGAGAUAGCAGUAAGGCUCCUCCCCAUGCCUAUGUUACCCCACCUUUAGGAAUAGUGAUGAUUGUGUGGGAUGGCACAUUGUGGACUCCUCCCAUAUUGGGGCUUCUGAUGCCACUCAAGCAGCAUAGGAAACAGCUGAAGUGCAGCAGCUCUCAUGCUACUUAAGUAAACAUCAGAAGGGGCCUAAAGCUUUUCAGUUGAAUUGGUUCACAACUGUAAGCUAUUUAGUAAUCAAGUGAAAUUAAAUGAUACACAUAUGCAUGUAAACCAAUCCUAAAUUCAUUCAGAAUUGCCCACUCCCAACAUAAGCAUGCACUGCAUGUUUGGGAGUGGGGAAUUAGGUGGCUGCAUUAUUCUUCACUGAUUAUGACAGCAUUCCAGGGGAAUAGAUGAAGACAAUUAUAUACAAUUGCAAACUUAUCACCAAUCGUAUACUACCAAUGAUAAUCAGACUUAGGUCCAUUGAUUUCAAUGGGUCUACUAUGACAAACCUUGGAUAUCACCC